AUGAGAAGGAAGACUAAAAGAACAACAACUUCGCCAACGACGCUACUCCUAACAGACUGCCGGAGCCGAAGUGACGUAGGAGGCGGGAGCAGCCGACGGACACGAGCACGACUACGCUGCUAUCUCUGCAACGAGUUAGGCCAUGAAGCACAAGAUUGCUCGGGAAAUGAGUCCGAGGACAAGGUGCUGUCACAACCCUUGCCCCCUCUCGAGGGUAAACGAUGUUCGGCGCUCGGCGACACUGGAUGUUCCCGAUCGAUCCUCUGUGCGGAUCGAUGCGUGACAUGGAGCAGUCAACAAAUCGAGAUUCGGACGAUUGACGGAGUGUCCCGGGCCUGUUGUUGUGUCGGGACUGUGUCAAUCCUCACAGACGGAGGGAAUCAUGCCAAGGUCGACGUUUUGGUGGCACGUCAAAGGCCCCUCGGUUACGACCUGCUGCUUGGGAUUGAUGCGAUCCGAGCGUUAGGAGGCAUGAUAAUCACACCAGCCGGAAAUGUGGAACUGGACUUUCCUCUCUUUCUGCCCUGUUAUCUUCUUUUUAUCGUGUUUUAUUUUUCGCUAAACUUUUACCUUUUGUCUCUUUCAGCUUCUGAUGCUUUUUUCUCUAAUAUUUUUUUACACAAUUCAUUCAUCAAUUUUAUAGUCUUUCUUUCUUCAAUUCUUUUCUUUAAUUGUUUUUUUUCAUUUCUUCUUUCUUUCAUUGUUUUUUCACUUUCCUUAAUUCUUUCUUUUUCAUUCAUUUUUUGUUUUUUCAUUUAUAAUUUCUUUCUUCCUUUUAUUUUUUGUAUUUUCCUUUCAUUCUUUCAUUCAACCUGUUAUUUAAUUUUAAUUUUAUUUUUCUUCCAUAUCUCCUCUGUUUUACUCAAUCAACCUACCUUUCUCUAUCAUUCACGAAAGUAG